AGUUACACUGAGGAGGAGUGGACGGGAGGGAGGGUGGCGGAGGUGUGCCGGCCGACCGGAUCGUCCGACCGAACCCAAGACGACCUCGCCCCGGGAGAGACAUCGCAGGGAACGGAGCUUACAGUCAUCGUCGCCUCGAUCGUCGUCGGAGUCUGCUGCGUUCUCAUUCUCGUCGGAGUCUGGUUCGGGUUCAAGAAGAGGAGAAAGAAGCCGAAGAGGACAGACGUGGAAAGCAACGAACGAUCGGCGAGAGCACCGACUUUCCCCGAUACCUGGUCCUCCACCUCCUCGUUCCUGCAGUUCCGAAUGCCCCUGCCUGUCCCCGUCGGCGACGGACCCCAAAAGCUCGGUGGAGGUGGGUAG